UCGCUAGAAUUUGACGCUGAUUUUUGUUUUUGCAAUCCCGGUGCCUGUCUGCUGCGCGCUGUUUGUCCCGGUGAAGAUAAUCUUGGACGGGGGCCUGAAUACACUGUAAUAAGAGACGGUUACCCGCAUUUGAAAGCGUACACGAUCGACAAGCCCGUCCUGUUUACGAAUGAGUAUGAGGUCUUCCCAACUUUUCCUCGCAAUCAUCGCGGUCGCUGCUUCAGUUCAAGCCCAGUCGCAAUCUUUUCUGGUCACAACCACACGUCGAGUCUCGUCGAUAGAAGAUGUACAGCCAACAGCAACAGAGACGGCGUCGGGGCCGAUAGAAACAGGUCAGGCGUGCGCAGAAGUUGCAAAUCUCGUCUCCGGCUCGCGAUCACGCUUCCCAAGCGUAAAUGCCGAGCUAGCGUAUGCAUGUCUCAAGUCUGUUCCCAUAAGUACAGACGAAGCGAACUUCACAGUCACCUCGAUCAAGCAGAUGGUUGAAUUUCAGUCGACAUUAACAUACCUCAAAGAACCGCCCACUGGCUGGCCUAAUGAACCUGUAGACCUCCUUGCUGGACUAGAUGACAUUGCUUCCAAAGUCAACGACGGCACGUACACGAACGAGUAUGAUUUUGAGAACGACAUUGCGGAACUGUUCAUCAAGGCCCACGAUGGACAUCUGGCGUUCAAUGGCAUGGCAUAUGGCGGCGCUUUCCGGUGGCGAAGGAAUCUCAACAUCGCCUUGGUCUCUGCAUCAAGAGACGGAAGCGCUGUCCCUGAGGUCUGGUCCAUCAGAGACUUCAAUGCUUCCCAAACUGGCUACGAACCAUCUCCGAUCACGCAGAUUGACGGGCAGGACGUGCAGCAAUUCCUCCAAGCGGAAGCGUUGAGAAACGCCUACCACGACCCUGACACUAGGUACAACGCAUUGUUUUUCAUGUCCAGCGCCGAGGCAUACGGAUUGUUCACGAGCCCAAGGUUCUACCCGGGACCCACUACGAGCGUCACAUACCAGAACGGAACCACUAGGGAAUAUCUGAACGCAGCCGUGAUACUGCAGCCGGAGACGUGGCCAAGCAUCUCUAGCCCAGACGACUUCUACUCGGUGUACAUUACACCCUCAACGAGCAGCUCAUCGGGGACAAAGGCAAAGAAGCGGGACCCGAAUGCGAUACCGUUCCACCUCGACAACCCUCGCGACCAUGAGAUGCAAGGCUACAACUCGAUCCAGCAGGGAUCCGCUCCGUUGAACUACCCCAGCCCGGCAGUAGCUCACUCGGCCGAUCGCGUGCCGCUCGCAGGCUACUUUGUGAGCACGGGUGCCGGCGAGGUUGGCGUCUUGGUUGUAGGCACCUUCAACACAGACGAUGUAGCUGGUGCGCAAGAGUUCCAGGAAGUCACCGACGACUUUAUUUCCUCUGCGCAGUCCCGCGGCGUCAGCCGUAUCGUCAUCGACGUGCGCCAGAACGGCGGCGGAAAAGUCCUGUCCGGCUACGACAUGUACAAGCAGUUCUUCCCGGACCAAGAGCCACAGACGCAGUCGCGCUGGCGCGGGCACGCAGCGAGUGAAAUCUACGGCGAAUCCAUCUCGUCGUUCAACACGUUGACGACUCUGAACGCCAACCUGUACGUCAGCCCCUUCAGCAAAGCAUCCUGGAUGGACGCCGAGGGCAACGAGUUCGGCUCCUGGUCGGACAUGUACCCGCCCGUGCGGCACCACAACGACAAGUUCACAAGCCUGCUGCGCUACAACCUCUCCGACCCCUUGACAACCAGCAGCGAGAGCCUGGCCAUCGGCAUCACAGUAACAGGAUACGGCAACCGCGCAGACAUCACGACCCCCCCCUUCCGCGCCGAGGACAUGGUCAUCUUGUCCGACGGCAUCUGCGCGUCCACGUGCGCCAUCUUCCUCGAGCUCAUGGUCCAGCAAUCAGGCGUGCGCACCAUCGCGGUCGGCGGGCGUCCCUCACCGGGCCCCAUGGUACCCGUCGGCGGCACAAAGGGGACGCUCGUCACGCCGUCUGAAUUCCUGCAAGCGCUGGCACAAUACGUAGUCGCGACGUUUGCAGACAACAGAGCGCAGGCGCGCGAAUGGGCGCGGUUCGUACCGAAUCCGUUCGCCAUCGCCGUGUCGGAUGCGAGCGUCAAUUUCCAGGACAACAUCAGGAAGGGCAAGGAGGGUGCUGGCGUGCCGACGCAGUUCCUCAAUGAUACGGCGAGUUGUCGCAUCUGGUACCAGCCGGAUAUGUAUCUGAACGUGACCAGUCUGUGGGCGAAGACGGCUGAGGUCGCGUGGGGGAAUGGCGGCGCGCUGGACGAGGGCGCGUGUGUGAGUGGGAGUGUGACGACAAAGGACCAGCAGACGGGUGGUGGCGACGCGAAUCCCAGCGGCACGGAGGAUGAAGCGGCGAGCUCGAGUGCGAGUGCGAGUGCGAGCCCGGAUGCCGCUGCGGGGUUGAGACCGGGUGGUGAUGGGUGGACGGCGAUUGUCGUGUGUGGCGCUGUCGUGUUGAGCUCGAUGAGCGUGGGCAUGGGGAUCGUGUGGUGAUGGUCACGUCAGAGGGCAUGUACACAGCAGGGAGUAUGUACAGAGCAGAGAGUAUGUACACGGCAGAGAGUAUGUACACAGCAGGGAGUAUGUACACGUCAGAGAGUAUGUACAGAGCAGAGAGCAUGUACACAGCAGGGAGUAUGUACACGGCAGAGAGUAUGUACAGAGCAGAGAGCAUGUACAGAGCAGAGAGCAUGUACAGAGCAGAGAGCAUGUACACGGCAGAGAGCAUGUACAGAGCAGAGAGUAUGUAC